AUGCCCCCCGCUCAUCGUGGCCCGACCGGCUCUCCAAUGGACCGCUGGACGGACGCAUCGCCCAGCGCCAUCUCAAGCGGCUUUCAGACCGCCAUGUCGCUCGGACCGCAGCCACGCCUCAACUUCGACAUGCCGCCUUCCGGGCUCAACACAUCCGCAGCCAGCUUCAACACGGACGACGAAGACGAAGAUGAAGACGAAGAUGAUGCCGAUGCAACGGCGAAGAAGGCGGACGGAAAGCCAGCCAAAGGCAAGAAGGGUGCCGCUGCAGCCAAGUCCAAGGAUGCCAAAGCCGCACAGCACCGCAAGGAGCAGAAUCGCGCAGCCCAGCGCGAGUUCCGCCAGCGCAAGCAGCAAUACAUCCGUGCACUCGAAGCUCGCGUAGAGCUGCUCUCGUCCGACCACGAUACGCAGGUCAAUCGGCUUCGCUAUGCGCUCCGACAUCUGCUCGCCGAGAACAACUCGCUGCGUGGCAUCGUCGGCAGCCUCGCCCACUUUAUCGGCGCGCGCAGCAUCGGCGGAUGUCUGGUCGAAGCCGGUAUGACAAGACAGAUGCUCGAGGCUACCAUGAAUUCUUCCAGCGAGAAGACCAUGUCCGAGGCGUGGGCCAACUGGCCUGGUGCCGGCGAAUGCGAAAUGCUCAAACAGCUCCGCAAGGAGAGCAACAUCCCUGCCGAUGGCCUCCCCGAGAGCAAACUCGCCAACUACUUUCGCGAUGCCAAUGGAAAAGCCGCUGCCGAUAAUUCGACCGACGCCGACAAAAAGAAGAGGACGGCAGAUGACACGGCAGCCAAAGACUCGAAACGUAAGCGCAAGACCAACGACACAAACGCCUCCCGCAACAGCAGCCCGGCAACGAAUCCUGAUCCGCGCACAGGCUCUGGGCAACCAUCAGUGGCCUCCCCGCAGAGUAUGGCCUCGAACGAGAUGAAACAUCAAUUCUGGCAGCCAACAGCGUUUGGAGGCUCAUUGUCCAUGCGCAACGAUGUUGACUCCAUGUUCGCCCAAACCUUGCUCGGUGGUGGCAAUGCAGACAUGAGUGGCCUGGCUGCCAUGACGGGCUCUCUCUUCCCCACCGACAGCCAGAGCGUCUUCUCCCCGCAACAGGCCAUGGCGUUCAACAACAUCAUUCCGACUCCCGGCUCCGCCAUGCCCAACACUUCGACCGCCGCGCCCAACUUCAAUUUUCUGGGCUUUGGCGGCGUGCCCACCAUGGUCGGAGCGUCAGCUGACUCGACUCUUGGUUCCGCACCCUUCGCAACGCAGCCGCCGCCGCCCGGCCAGAGCGACACAACGGCGAUCGUCCAUACACCUGCUUCACCUGCUACGGGAGGUGUCGAGGGGACUGUCCUGCGCUCAGGCACUCGAGCUUCGCCAGAGCAGAUCCGUAACUUACGCCGCCGCAGCGCACGUGCGAUCGCUCAGGUGAACCGGAUCUGGGCCCAGCGCGGCGCCAACAACUUCCUCAACCUGCCCGUCCAGUACCCGCUCGACGAACAAGAUCUUAAGUUCCUCGAGCAGCAGGAAGCCACCAAUCCGCACAUCAAGAUUGCGUACAUGCGACUACCCAACGAGUGGGACGAAGGUGACAUUGCAGGAGGCAACGCAAGCGGCUCUCCUGACGGCUCGCAGACCAAGACGAGGUACGAUAUCGAGAAGCAGGCCGAAUACUUCCUCCAGAUCUCGUACCACCUGCACAACCACAGCCUCAACCCGAGCUAUAGCUUGCCGCCGUCGCUGCGGCCGACGGCUCUGCAGCAGUCGACUCCGCACGACCAUGCGAUCGACUUGUUGCCCAAUGCGCCGCUGCGCGACAAGCUCAUCCAGAACCCCGGUCUCGAAACGCACAAUGUGGUGAUCGACGUCAUCCGCUUCCUCUCGCCCAGCGACGGUGACAUGAACAUCGAGCGCAACUGGGUGCUGACGCUGCCGUUCUUCGUGCGAUAUCCGCAGCUUGCGGAUCCGGCCCUGGUGGCGAAUAUGAACCGGCAAAGGGCCAUGCGUGGCGAGAAGGAGGUCACCAUCGACGACAUCUGGAGAGAGCACCGCGCGUUCACCGAGUACACCCAGGCGAGGCUCAAAGAGAUCAGCUAG